AGCACUUCUGCUGAACAUUCUUCAUAAAAUGUUAUUCAGAGUAGCGUUAUUUCUAACCGCAACGGUUUUACUAUUCCAAUUAGUGCAUUCACAAAUUGGUUAUGCUACGCUUGGUGGUGGAACUAAUGGUGGAGCUGGUGGUCCGACAGUAAGUGUGUCCAAUGAAGCGCAACUGAUUUCGGCUGUACAGGGAAAUGAUCGUCGCAUCGUAAGGAUAACAGCAAAUAUUCGAGUCGGCGGUCGCAUUCGCGUUGGUUCGAAUAAAUCGAUUUUGGGUGGUACUGCCAAUGCUGGCAUCAAUCACGGUGGCUUAUUCAUCCAAGAUGUGCAAAAUGUUAUUGUUCGAGGUCUUCGUUUGUCGUUCCCUCGUGAUCCGUUCGAUUGUAUCGAAAUUCAACGUUCCAGUAGAGUAUGGGUUGAUCACAACGAAAUGUUUGCUGAUAGGAAUAACGGCAGAGAUUUCUAUGACGGUCUUCUUGACAUGAACCAUGGAUCGGAUCUGGUCACAGUUUCAUGGAAUCAUUUUCACACUCACUACAAGACAAGUUUGAUUGGAAACUCAGAUGACAAUGGGGCAGUCGAUAGAGGCCGAUUACGAGUGACCUUCCACCACAAUCGUUUCCGCAAUGUUAACUCCAGAAACCCAUCGCUUCGAUUCGGUACUGCCCAUCUCUUUAACAACGUCUUCGAAAACAUUGAUUCGUCAACAAUCAACAGCCGAAUGGGAGCGCAGGUCUUUGUCGAAAAUAACAUCUUCAUCAAUGCACGCCGUACUAUUAUCACCAAUUUGGACAGUCGUGAAGAUGGAUUUGCCAACCAACGCAACAAUGACUGGGGAGAUGCACACAAUUUGAGGGGACCAUUCAUCACGAGAACCGGAACAUUUACCGACCCACCAUACACGUAUCGACUUGACACUGGCUUAGGGGCCAAUGGAAACAUUGCAACGAUUGUACGCAAUGGAGCUGGUGCCCGUAUAUUCUAAGUG